CCUUGUCCCCGCUCUGGCGGCGGUGCCACCGCGUCACGUGGGGCCGCGACACCCGCGGGGCCAGCGGAGCCACCGCGGAGCCACCGCGGCCAUGGACGGACACACGGACAGCUCGUGGCUGGGAGCCCCCCUGGAGCAGUUGCCCACCCCGGCGCUGACCCUGGACCUGGCCACGCUGCGCGGGAACGCCGAGAGGAUGCGGGAGCGCUGCCGGGCGCUGGGGCUGCGCCUGCGCCCCCACGUCAAAACACACAAAACCCUGGAAGGGGCUGCGCUGGCCACGGGCGGGACCCGCCGGGGCAUCGUGGUGUCCACGCUGGCCGAGGCUCGUUUCUUCGCGGCCGGGGGCUUCGAUGACAUCCUGUACGCCUUCCCGGUGCCCCGCUGGCGUCUGGCCGAGUGCUCGGAGCUGGCCCAGCGCCUCCAGCAAUUCCAGGUGCUCGUGGACAGCCCCCAGGGGCUGGAGCUGCUGCUGCAGAACCCCCUUCCCGCUGGGAAGCGCUGGCUCGUCUGGCUCAAGCUGGACUGUGGGAAUGGCCGGGCCGGGAUUCGUCCCUCGGAUCCCGAGGCGCUGGCCCUGGCCCGCGCCAUCGCCCAGGGCUCCCCGGAGCUGGUGACACUGGUGGGGGUCUACGCCCACUGCGGGAACACCUACGGCUGUCGCGACAUCCCGGCCAUCCAGGCCAUCGCCAGGGACACCACGGCCGCCGUGCUGGAAUUCGUCACCGCGCUGCGGCAGGCGGGGAUCCCGUGUCCCCAGGCCACCAUCGGCUCCACCCCGUCCUGCAGCCACCCGGUGCCGGAGAUGUCGCAGCUCACCGAGGUGCACCCGGGCAAUUACCUGUUCUACGACCUGCAGCAGACCCAGCUGGGCUCGUGCCGGCCCGAGGAGGUGGCCAUCCGUGUCCUCACCAGGGUCAUCGGCCACUAUCGCCACCGCGGGCAGCUGCUGGUGGACUGCGGCUGGUCCGGGCUGAGCCUGCACGGCCGCGACCAGGGACCCGCGGGCUGUGCCGCCAUCGAGGGCCACCCCCAGCUCCGGCUGGUGGGGCUGACCCAGGAGCACGGGCAGGUGCAGGCGGUGGAUGGGGAGCUGGAUUUCGAGCAGUUCCCGGUGGGAAGCACCUUGGCGCUCAUCCCGUACCAUGCCUGUGCCACGGCUGCCAUGCACCCCGUGUACUUCGUGCACGCUGCCGGGAAGGUGGUGGAGCUCUGGCGCCCCGUGCGCGGCUGGUAGAGAGGAGAGAGACGAGAUUCCGGGAUUCCGGGGGGAUGCACCCGCAUCCAGACCCUGCACCCAGACCCUGGACCAAGACUCUGCACCCCCAGCGAGACCCUGCACCCACUCCAGGUCCUGCAUCCACAUGGGAUGCUGCACCCACCCCCCACACCCUGCACCCCUUCCCACUCCCUGCACCCAUUCCCACUCCCUGCACCCAUUCCCACAGCCAUUCCCACUCCCUGCACCCACUCCACGUCCUUGUCCCUCCACCCACGCCACGAUGUCGCGCCCACGCUGAGACUCUGCGCCCCCACCCCCAGGUGCUGCACCCACACCGGGGCUCAAUAAAGCUGCUUCUCCCGC